AAAUCUUGCUUACUUGCUUCAUCAUCUCUUCGAUACAAACUAAGCUCUCGCUCUCUUUACUUCGCCUCCCCUCUUUGCUUUUUCCGCCAAAUUUAUCGGCCAGCUAUUUCUCCCUUUAAUAAACCACACUCUUUGCUUCUCCCUCUCCAACAAGCUAACUCUCUCUCUGCGGCAUUUUACCAAACACUUUCUCUUCAAUCAAAUAUUACCAUGGCUCAAGUGGUUGCUAUCAGAUCCAUUCACUCGUCGCUGCUCUCUCCCGCCUCUGGUUCCUUACAAGAUCGAGCUUUCGUUGCCGAUAAGCUUAAGCCGUCGAGUUUCGCUUCUCGAGUACUCUCGCGCCAGGAGAAUGGCAACAAGAGUAGUCUCAUUUCAAAUUCUCGUAGCAGAACUGGAAUCGUUGCUGUUCAGAGAUCUGCGAGAGUUGAGCCGCAAGUUAUUCCUGUCUCUCCUGAGGAUGUACCGCAGAGAGAGGAACAAGUGUUAAAUUUACAGCAAUUAGGCGAUACAUCAAUGGGCAUGUGGUCCAAGCCUGUAGUUAGUCGUAAGACGAAGAUUGUAUGUACCAUUGGUCCAUCAACUGAUACAAGAGAAAUGAUAUGGAGUUUAGCUGAGGCGGGAAUGAAUGUGGCAAGGAUGAAUAUGUCUCAUGGAGAUCAUGCUUCUCAUCAGAAAGUUAUUGAUUUAGUUAAAGAAUACAAUGCACAGUCUAAAGACAAUGUCAUUGCUAUUAUGCUUGAUACUAAGGGUCCUGAAGUUAGGAGUGGUGACUUGCCUCAACCGCUCAAUUUAUUGCCUGGACAGGAAUUUACUUUUACAAUCCGCAGAGGUGUUAGUACUGCUGAAUGUGUUAGUGUUAAUUAUGAUGAUUUCGUUAAUGAUGUAGAAGCUGGUGAUAUUAUUCUGGUCGAUGGUGGUAUGAUGUCAUUUCUGGUUAAAUCUAAGACUGAAGACUCGGUGAAGUGUGAAGUUAUUGAUGGAGGAGAACUUAAAUCCAGGCGUCAUCUAAAUGUUAGAGGAAAAAGCGCUACAUUGCCUUCCAUCACUGAAAAAGAUUGGGAUGACAUAAAGUUUGGAGUGGACAAUAAGGUAGACUUCUAUGCAGUUUCCUUUGUUAAAGAUGCACAAGUUGUUCAUGAACUGAAGAAUUACUUGAAAGGCUGUGGCGCUGACAUACAUGUGAUUGUAAAAAUUGAAAGUGCAGAUUCUAUCCCAAAUUUGCAUUCAAUUAUUACAGCAUCUGAUGGGGCAAUGGUUGCAAGAGGAGACCUUGGUGCAGAGCUUCCAAUUGAGGAGGUCCCACUUCUGCAGGAAGAGAUUAUCAGACUUUGCCGGAGCAUGGGCAAAGCUGUUAUUGUGGCAACAAAUAUGCUGGAAAGCAUGAUUGUUCAUCCAACUCCAACCCGAGCUGAGGUUUCUGACAUUGCCAUUGCUGUUCGUGAGGGUUCUGAUGCAGUCAUGCUUUCUGGAGAAACUGCUCACGGAAAGUUCCCAUUGAAAGCUGCCAAAGUUAUGCAUACAGUUGCAUUACGAACUGAAGCAAGCAUAGCUGGUGGUACAAUUCCACCAAAUCUUGGUCAAGCCUUCAAGAACCACAUGAGUGAGAUGUUUGCAUAUCACGCAACCAUGAUGUCGAACACACUUGGAACCUCAAUUGUUGUCUUCACCAGAACUGGAUUCAUGGCUAUAUUACUUAGCCAUUAUCGACCUUCUGGCACCAUUUUUGCCUUCACGAAUGAAAAGAGAAUACAACAGAGACUGGCUUUGUACCAAGGAGUAUGUCCCAUAUACAUGCAGUUUUCAGAUGAUGCUGAAGAAACCUUCGGCAAUGCCUUAUCAGUGCUCAAGAACCAGGGGAUGAUAAAGGAAGGAGAGGAAGUUGCACUUGUCCAGAGUGGCAGACAACCAAUCUGGCGAUUUCAAUCUACUCACAACAUUCAGGUCCGGAAAGUGUCGGCUUGAAGAUAGAUCAACUUGUUAUGGCUUGAGGAUGAAGUUCUUUUUACCUGUGCUAUAGGUACUUGUUUUCUUUUUGUUAGCCAUUACAUUAGCUCUUUCCUUCCUAGGUUUUAACUGAAUUUUUUCUUCAAUGGCUUAUUUCGCUUUUACGUUUCUUA